CCAAGUAAUGAUCAGCAUAUAUAACUUCAAUCUCAGAACGUAAACAUUAUCGCUCGCUUUUUUACGGGGCAUUUUAUCGUUUUCCAGAGAGCUUACAACGAGCUUACAAGAUGGGAGCUUUUCAAUUACCAAUCAUGUACACUUAUAUUUCCUUUGUUUUCAGUGUACUUAUUUUACUUCCGCCUGAAGCACAUGGCAUCRUACGAAAUGUUGGUCAAGAUGUCGUCUUUAUGUGGAACAGAACAAGUGGAAGUAUUGAUGAAGUAAGAUGGGGAUUGGUGGAUCCAGCAGAUAACCUAGGAAUAAAUCCACAAUUCAUAUACGUCAAUAAAUGGGCCAACGUUGCUGUCUAUAGCGCUGCCUUGGAUACCCCAGCUGCAUCGAGUUAUAAAGGAAGAGUUCAUUACGUGGGAGACUUGCCUGCUGGUCGUGCUUGGUUCAAAAUAACAAACCUUAGUAUCAGUGAUACCAAGGAAUAUGCUGUGCUAAUUCUAGAAGGAAGUGUUAAUAAGAGGUAUGAAAUGAGUCUGACUGUGGCAGUAACCCCCAAGUUCCAGCCACAGCCACCACUGGCAAAGAAUAUAGCAGAGGGUCAAGAUUUGAGUGUGCCUUGCACUGCUGUUGGUCCACCAACUCCUAACAUCACGUGGGUACAGAUAAUAGGUCACGUGACCAAAAGUACAGGCACAGGAAAUGCUACACUGAGGAUACCAAACAUUAGAAGAGAUCAGAAUGGGACGUAUGAGUGUCAGGCCAGCAACAACCCUAAUGAGAAUCUAAUCACUGCACAGACUGUUGUGUCUGUAUAUUAUCCUCCUCAAAGCAGUACCAUUCCUCCAAGUAUCACAGUUGUACAAGGUGAUGAGAUCGUACUCAGCUGUACAGCAGAUGGUUAUCCACCACCUUCCAUAUCAUGGACAAAGGCUGACGGUGUCAUCAAAGAUGGUCACACAGUAGCUGGGGGAACACUUAGAAUACCUGAUGCUAUCAAAACAGAUGCUGGCAAGUACAUAUGUACAGCAAAGAGCACUUAUGACAGCAUGGAACACAAUGACAGUGCAACUGCAACUGCCAUAGUAAAAUGUCCACCACCUUUGCCCAGUCUUCAUCUUAGCAAGAGUAAAGCUACUAUUACAUUGUACUGGACAAAAACGGAUGAAAAUGGCGGCGAAAUAAAACAAUAUACCAUCUACCAGAAACAGGGUGUAGAAAAAUCCUGGACACGUAUACAUGUCGUCCGUGACUUGACCAACUUGACGUAUGUUAUACACGUUAAGGAUCUGGAGCCUGGUCGGACAUACUGGUUUAUUGUCACGGCAACCAACGAGUUUGGAGAAAGUGAAAAAGGAGAUGACAAGGGUAAAGAAGCGUAUAUUUUGCCAAAACCGGUUACCACAGCAACCCAAGCAACUACUACAGGUAUUGGCGGGCAAUCGAGGAAUAAAUCAGACGAACAAGAAAAAUGCAGCUCCACUGCAUUAGCUGUCUGUGCAGCUUUCCUAGCGGUGUCUUUGGUUGUUAUCGUCCUCUUGCUUCUUUACAUUUGGAGGGACAUUAAAAGAAAAGAGCAAACCGGAAAUACCAAUACAAAAAGAGUCACCAGGAACAAAGCAGUUGAAGAUCCAGUUUAUGACAACACCCUAGAAAUGGAAGAAAACAAAGCUUCACACAUUUCGGUAUCACAAAAUCUUCAACAGACCUCCCCACCUGCAGAAUACGAGCCCAUAAGAAUUAAUCGUGAUAAUCAUCCAAUCGAAAUAUCCAGAGUAGAUGGCUACAGCAGCCCCUCCACAGAAACACUCAGUCAUUAUCAAGCACUCACGCAUUCUGAUGAAGCUGGUUCAUCGCAUCAAGGUCAAGGUCCAACUUACGAAUCCCUUCACCGUCCACAGUUUAAACUACCUGAUGCUCAGCUUGCCAAGAACGUACCAGAUACUACAUACCAUCCACUUGGUGUCAGGCAAAACCCUACAGAUUACCAAGACCUGAAGAUCURUAAUAAUAUGCAUCAGCUAGAAAACAACAGGAAUGACCAGUCCAUUAUAAAUCCACCAUAUCUUCAAAGUCUUAGUUUUCUGAAUGUCAAAUUCUUCCUCAUGAUGAGUGUUGGUCAAGUGCCUAUCAUUUCUUAUUACAUUCUUGGUUUCAUCGGUGCAUUGUAUUUACUUCCUCACGUAGACACAACAGCUCGCUUCACUCACUUCCCUCCCAGUGUGUUGUACGUAUCUAGUGGAGGAACAGCCAGGUUUGUGUGGGACUACCAUGUGGACAACAGAGAGCAAGAGUUUAGUAUUGAAUCUCCACAAUGGUCUUUCUACAGUCAGAAGCAUCGCACUUUUAGUACAAUCGGUGCUGACGACAGGUUCACCAACAACUGGAGUUUUGUCAUCAAUAGAGCAACAUGUCCACCAAGAUUACUGAACCCUGAUCGAGUAAGCAGAGAGUCCACUGCUACUCUGGUCAUUACUAGUGUGACUACUGCUGAUAACGGAAUAUAUCAAUGUAAUCUGGUGCUUAAAGCAAAGGAUCCUAUUAAACACCAAGUACAGCUAGUAGUGACAGUAACUCCCACGUUCCAGCCACAGCCACCACAAACAAAGAAUAUAGCAGAGGGUCAAGAUUUGAGCGUGCCUUGUACUGCUGUUGGUCCACCAACACCUAACAUCACGUGGGUACAGAUAGCAGGUCAUGUGACCAAGAGUACAGGAACAGGAAGUGCUACGCUGAGGAUACCAAACAUUAGAAGAGAUCAGAAUGGGACGUACGAGUGUCAGGCCAGCAACAACCCUAAUGAGAAUGUAGUCACUGCACAGACUAUGGUAGUGGUAUACUAUCUACCUGGAAUCGACACAUCAGAGUCUUCUAUGACUUUAAAGUCGUGGAAUGGUAACAGUAUUCAUCUGAGAUGUUUAGCAAUUGGUUUACCUGCACCACGGAUAUCAUGGUACAAACCAACAAAUCAACAGAUCACUACAGGUGUUAACAUUUUACCCGGGGGUAGUGAGGUAACAGUACUGACAACUGCUGACCAAGGGGACUAUGGACAGUACAAGUGUCGAGCAACAAACAUCCUGGGAAGUGAUGAACACGUCAUCAAUGUUACUCAACUGUUUCCUCCAAGUCCUCUUUUUAUAGCAAUAAACGAGCUUGAAGCAUCAUCUAUAACCAUUAGAUGGACCACACCUGCUGAUGAUGGUGGACUCGUUGUCACUGGUUACUUACUGGAAGUCAGUACCAAGCCCCCAGUGAUCACAGUGAAUACCCAUUCUGUUAUAACAGGACUGAAAGCAAACACACUCUACACUGUCAAGGUCUGUGCCAGGAAUAUUGUUGGAUAUGGAGCGGUGUCUUCAAAAGUUAUCGUAACAAAGACAAUCGGCAAACCUUCAAUCCCUCACCUGAUAUCAACUAUUCUCAAUGGCAAAGACUCUAAGCUCUCAAUCGUCUUGAGGUGGACAAAACCAGAUGACAAUGGUGGUAACAUAACGCGCUAUACCAUCUAUAUGAGGGAAGUGAAACAUAAAGCUGAGUGGACAAAGUAUGAUAACGUCACUGAUUCUAAACAGCUUGAAUAUAAAAUAACAAAGGACAUUGUUUAUGGCAAAACAUACAUGUUUAUGAUAACUGCAUGGAACAAAUAUGGAGAAUGUGUGAGGGAUGAAGGAAGUGCCAAGACUGUAAAUACUACAGCAGACGAAGAAACCGCUUCAAAUGCAAUGAGUUAUUGUACUGAAGAAGGAUCAAAGUAUUCUUCUACAGCCAUGGGAGUCAUUAUUGGCAUUCUUGUUCUAUCUCUUGUUUUCAACCUACUACUCAUUGUAUAUCUAAGGAGAAGGGCCCAACUAAGCAGUAAAAAAGAAAGCCAAGCGCAUAAUAACAGACAAACACAGAAGAAAGCUGUUGCUGGGGAAAGUUAUCAUGUAAGUCAUCUUUGUGUUAAACAUUACAACAAAUUCCGCACCUUUUUUAAGAGGCAAUCAUAUAUAACUUCUCUCUCAGAACGUAAACAUUAUCGCUCGCAUUUUUACAGGGCAUUUCUUAGUUUUCCAAAUAGCUUACAACGAGUUUACAAGAUGAGAUCUUUUCAACUCCAAAAAGUGUACAUUCUUAUUUCCUGUGUUUUCAGKGUAUUGAUUUUACUUCCUCCUGAAGCGCAUGGCAUCACACGAAAUGUUGGUCAAGAUGUCGUCUUCAUGUGGAACAGAACAAGUGGUAGUAUAGUGGAAGUGAGAUGGGGAUUGGUGGAUCCGGCAGAUAACCAGGGAGUAAAACCACAGUUCAUAUACGUGGAUAAAUGGGCCAACGUUGCUAUCUAUAGCUCUGACUUGGAUACCCCAGCUGCAUCGAGUUACAAAGGAAGAGUUUAUUACGUGGGAGACGUGCCUGCUGGUCGAGCUUGGUUCAAAAUAACAAACCUUAGUAUCAGUGAUACCAAGGAAUAUGCUGUUGUAAUCCUGGAAGGAAGUCUUGAAACGAGAUAUAAAAUGAGUCUGACUGUGGCUGUAACUCCCAAGUUCCAGCCACAGCCACCACCAACAAAGAAUAUAUCAGAGGGACAGGAUUUGAGAGUGCCUUGCACUGCUGUUGGACAACCAAAACCCAACGUCAAAUGGGUACAGAUAGUAGGUGACGUCACCAAGAGUACAGGAACAGGAAGUGCUACACUGAGAAUACCAAACAUUAGAAGAGAUCAGAAUGGGACGUAUGAGUGUCAGGCCAGCAAUAACCCUAAUGAGGAUCCAGUCACUACACAGACUGUUGUGUCUGUUUAUUAUCCUCCUCAAAGCAGUGUUACUCCUCCAAGUCUCACAGUUGUACAAGGUGAUGAGAUCUUACUCAGCUGUACAGCAGAUGGUUAUCCACCACCAUCCAUAUCAUGGACAAAGGCUGAUGGUGUCAUCAAAGAUGGUCACACAGUAACUGGGGGAACACUAAGAGUACCUGAUGCUAUCAAAACAGAUGCUGGCAAGUACAUAUGUACAGCAAAGAACACAUAUGACAGCAGGGAACAAACUGACAGUGCAACUGCAACUGUGAUUGUAAAAUACCAGCCCUCGAUCAAGUUGGAAACGUUACUAAACCAAACCGUGAAUGAGACAGACUCCCUGAGUAUAAAAUGUGAUGCAGAUGGCUAUCCACCACCAACCAUCAAAUGGAAGACACAAGUAGGAUCUGUUCACACUGGGAAUGUCUACAACAUGCCGUCAGUCAGCAGAUCACAUGCAGGGACAUACAAGUGUACAGCUAGUAACGGGAUAGGAAGAGAAGCAAUGGCCAGUAUACAAGUUACUGUGCAGUACAAACCGGCGAUAGAUUUAUCAAAGUCUUCUUUAAGAUCAAAGUCAUGGAAUGGCAACAGUAUUCGUCUAAGAUGUUUUGCAACUGGUUUACCUGCACCAAGAAUAUCAUGGUACAAACCAACAAAUCAGCAGAUCACUACAGGUAUCAACAGUGUACCCGGGGGUAGUGAGGUAACAGUACUGACAACUGCUGACCAAGGGGACUAUGGACAGUACAAGUGUCGUGCAACAAACAUCCUGGGAAGCGAUGAACACGUCAUCAAUGUUACUCAACUGUUUGACCCAGGUCCUGUUACAAUAACGAUAACCGAGAUUGAAGCAUCAUCCGCAAAUGUGAGAUGGACCAAACCUGCUGAUGAUGGUGGAAGUCCUGUCAAUGGUUACUUACUGGAAUCUGAUUCCCACAUCUUUGUAAGGACAAUUGACACGUACGCCGUACUAACAGGCUUAAAGAAGGACAGUCAGUAUAGGGUUACAGUAUAUGCUAAGAAUGGUAUUGGAUAUGGAGUGCCAUCGACCAAGAUUAUCACUACCGAGAAAACAGGCAGACCAGGCAUUCCAGAACUGUUGACUUCCCUACUCAUAGAAACGGAAUCUAAAAGAAAAGUUCUUCUAAGGUGGAAGAAACCUGAUGACAAUGGAGCAACGAUAUCACGCUACACUAUCUACAUGAAAGAAGAAAGCAAACAAUCUGACUGGAAUAAGUUAGAGGAAGUCAGAGAUUAUCUUCUACUGGAAUACAUCGUGGGAACGACAAUUGAAUAUGGAAAGACAUACAAGUUUACAGUUACUGCGUGGAACAAAUAUGGAGAAAGCAUCAAGGAUGAACGUAAUGUUAAGACUGUAAAUACUACAGCAGAUAAGACUGCAUAUGCCAGUGGUAAAUCAGUCAACAGCUGUCCAAUGGGAGGCUCGAAGUACAUCACCGCUGUUCUUGGAGUCAUUAUCGCAAUUCUCGUUCUCUCUCUUGGUUUGAAUUUACUGCAAUUUCUGUGGUGGAGACAAAAAGACAGAUUACACUGUCUAAAAGGAAAGCAAGAUAACCAAAGAACCAAAAAAGCGGCUGAUGAGGAGAUCUACUCUAACGAACUUGAGAUGGAUAAGAAGGUGGUAUCCGCCGUUACAACAUCACGUCCACAGCCGCCUAGCAAUACAGGACCAGAAUAUGAAACCAUACAACAGCUAAAUGAGAUUGCAAGUCCUCAAGAAGAAAUUCCUUCUAAUCAUCCCAAACAUUAUGAGGGACUCAAUCUCCCAAAUACCUCUGAACAAGGUGUCCAAAGACCAGUGUACGAGCCACUUCGAACAAAAUCCGUGGAACCCAAUGUGCGACUUGAUGAUAAUAACGAGCAACAGCCAUAUGAACCCCUGAAUAUAAGAAACCAAGACUCUACUUAUCAAUCCCUGCAGACUAAUAGCAGGGAGUCGGCCAUAUACACAACAGCUCGCUUCACUCAUUUCCCUCCCAGUGUGCUGUACGUAUCUAGUGGAGGAACAGCCAGGUUUUUGUGGGACUACCAUGUGGAUGAUAGAAGACUAGAGUUCCAAUCGAACUCACCUGUAUGGUCUUAUAAGAAGGGAGGUAAUGAAUGGAGAACCGGUAGUGAUGACAAAUACACCAACAACUGGAGUUUUGUCAUCAACAAUAACACAUGUCCAGCAAGAUUACUUAACCCUGUUCGAGUAAGCAGAGAGUCCACUGCUACUCUGGUCAUUACUGAUGUGACUACUGCUGAUAACGGGAUAUAUAAAUGUAGGCUGCAGCUAAAAGCAGGAAACCCUAUUGAACACCAAGCGGAACUCUUCGUGACAGUACGUCCUACAUUCUUACCAAGCCACCCAAACGACACAUACCAAAUUAUCGAGGGACAGAAUUUAAAAAUAAACUGCACAGCUAUUGGUCCACCAAUACCGAACAUCACGUGGGUGAAUAUCACAGAUGGUCGUGUUGUUGUCAAGAGCCAAGGAUCAGGAAGUGCUGUACUGUAUAUAGAUAACAUAAAACGAUACCAUGCUGGAGUAUAUGAGUGCCAGGCUAAGAACAACCCAAAUGAGGAUGCAACCAUUACAAGGACAAGUGUAACAGUCUACUAUAAGCCGACGAUUUCAAAAGGGCUGUCUAGCAGUGAUAGUGAUACUUCCUGGGAUGGCAGGCAGGUGACCCUCAAGUGUAUUGUCAAUGAUGGACUACCCACACCAGAUAUCACGUGGUACAAGCCCAGUGGUCAGCAAAUAACAACUAGUGUCACAUCUAUUGCUAAAAGUAGUCAAGUAGUGAUAACAACGAAAGAUGGGGCAGACUAUGGAUCGUAUAAAUGUAAAGCAAGAAACGUCGCUGGCAGUGUUGAACAUGUUAUCAUUGUGACUCAGUUGUUCCCACCAGGUGUCCCUAAUGUCACGAUACUAGACCAGGAUAUCCGAGCAUCAUCAGUGACUGUAAGGUGGACCAAACCUGGUUAUGAUGGUGGAAGUCCUGUUGUUGAUUACAAAGUGCAAAUCAACACAAACCCACCACAAGAACAGAACACAUCAAACACUGAGCACGAGUUGACUGGUCUGACUAAGAAUACAAGGUAUGAAGUCAGAGUCUACGCAAGGAAUGUGGUUGGUUAUGGAAAUGCAUCGAUCGUCAGCUUUACCACAAAGAAAAGAGGUCCACCACCUUUGCCCAGUCUUCAUCUUAGCAAGAGUAAAGCUACUAUAACAUUGUAUUGGACAAAACCUGAUGAAAAUGGCGGUGAAAUCAAGAGUUAUACCAUCUACCAGAAACAGGGUGUACAAAAACCCUGGACAAGUAUACAUGUCGUACGUGACUUGUCCAACUUGGCGUAUGUCAUACACGUGAAGGAUCUGGAGCCUGGUCAGACAUACUGGUUUAUUGUCACGGCAUCGAACGAGUUUGGAGAAAGUGAAAAAGGAGAUGAAAAGGGUCAGGAAGCGUAUUUUUUGCCGAACCCGGUUACCACAGCAACCCAGGCAACUACUACAGGUAUUGGCGGGCAAUCGAUGAAUAAAUCAGACGAGCAAGAAAAAUGCAGCUCCACUGCAUUAGCUGUCUGUGCAUCUUUCCUAGCGGUGUCUUUGGUAGUUAUCGUCCUCUUGCUUCUUUACAUAUGGAGGAACAUUAAAAGGACAGAGCAAACCGAAAAUACCAAUACAAAAAGAGUCACCAGAAACAAAUCAGUUGAAGAUCCAGUUUAUGACAACACCCUAGAAAUGGAAGAAAACAAAGCUUCACACAUUUCGGUAUCUCAAAAUUUUCAACAGACCUCCCCACUUGCAGAAUACGAGCCCAUAAGAAUGCAUUGUGAUAAUCAUCCAAUAGAAAUGUCCAGAGUAGAUGGCUACAGCAGCCCCUCCACAAAAGCGCCGAGUCAUUAUCAAGCACUCGCGCAUUCUGAUGCAGCUGGUUCAUCGCAUCAAGGUCAAGGUCCAACUUACGAAUCCCUUCACCGUCCACAGUUCAAACAACCUGAUGCUCAGCUUGCCAAGAACGUACCAGACACUACGUACCAGCCACUUGGUGUCAGGCAAAACCCUACAGAUUACCAAGACCUGAAGACCUAUAAUAAUAUGCAUCAGCUAGGAAACAACAGGAAUGACCAGUCUAUUAUAUAGACAUACUACUGUAUUGCAGUAUUGAAGCAUUAAUUAUAAUACAUAAGCACCUAAUCGAACUUUUACUUCCUCCACCGGCCCCGACAGUCCCCUUUUUCAAUUCCCCUGUAUCAUUAUAUGAUAAGACAUGUGUCUUUCAAUAAAGCUCAAUAAAGAAUAUUAAUGAGGAUGACUUUA